AUGUUAAAUUCAAAGAAGCUCAUUAAAUCAAAUCAGUUAACUGAAUUAAAUAAUUUUCUACUUUAAGUAAAGCAAGCAUUUGUAACAGAUGUACAACAUAAAUAGAUUAAAUUAAGGAUUUCCAAUAAGCUAUUGAAACUGCAAAUAUAAAUGACAACAAAAUUCCAUUACAAGAGAUCAUUGAAAAUAACAUUCCUCAAACUAAGUAUGAUUAAUAAAAAUAAACAAUUUAAUAACCUUAAGAUGAUAUUUAAAAUUUAUUAUAAGGUUUGACAACACUUUUGGAAAAAAAUCUACAGGAAUCUCAUAAUUUAUAUCAAAUAUUCUAAUCCAAUAAGUAAUUUAAUAGUAAGGCUGAAAAUUCUAAUUCUUCUUUGAAAUAUUAAAAAGAAGAAAAUGUUGAAGAUUUAUAAGAAGAUAUUAAAUAAAAUGAAAUAAGAUUAUUGUAAAUGUAGAAUUCAAGACUUUUGAGUAAGAUUGAGUCUUUAAAUGAAUAAAUCACUUAAUUAGAAUAGGAUAUACAUGAGAACUCUAAUGAUUAACGAUAAUUGAUUAGUCUAAUUAAUUCUACCUAUUGUAUUUAAAGAAUUCAAUAUACAGUUAAAUAAAAUACAAAUGCAAUUUUAGGCAAAAUAAAUGAUGAAGAAAUAGAGUAAGGAGUUUUUGUCAUAAUUGAUGAUUAAAUAAUUUUAUCUCCUUCUUAUUUAGAUGAAAAUAAAAUGAUUUUGAAUAUUUCUUAGAUAGUUGAUGUCACUUAUUAAAAUGAUUUAUAGAUUAUCAUACAUUAUAAAGAGGGUAAACUAGUUAUAAUUUUGGAAAAUCAAUAAGAAUUUGCUAAAAUAGAUUUAUCUCUAUGGUCGAUAUUACGAAAAAAUAUUUCUAUUAAUUAAGAGUAUUUAAAUUUAUAUAUUUAAUUAGUAAAUUAUUUGAGAAUAGCUUAUUUGAAAGACCAUUUAGAUAAGAAAUCAAUAUAGAUUAUAAGAAAUUAAAAGAACAAUUAUCUCACAUAAUUCCAUAGAUAGAUUAAGAAUAGAAAUAACAAUAAUAAUAGUUCACUUUAAAUAUAAAAAACUCUGAUCAUUUUACUGAAAUUCAUUAGAGUAAUAAUGUAUAAAUACAAUCUCAUUAAUCACCUGAAUUAAGAGGUACAUUACCAAAAUAAAUGGUUCAAAUUAAUUAAUAAACAAAAUUAUAACAUGCUCUACUAUAAUUAAAAUAAGGUUUUUCAAUGAUUAAAUAUUCUGAAGGAUAGAGAAAGCCAAACAUUAAAAUUAUUUAUUUAACUGAAAAUGAAUAAUAUAUAAAAUGGAAAGAAGAAUUAUAACCUUUUGAUUAAAAGAAUACUUCUGAAAAAAAAUCUAUAUAAAUUUCAUAAAUUAAGGAAAUCAAAGAUAAUGCUUAAGGAUCAGGUUUUGAAAAGUUUAAAAAAUAUCGGAAAGGAAAAGAAUCACUUGGGAUUACUAUUAUUGCUAAAAGAAACCUAGAAUUAGAUGCUCCUAAAUAAGAAAUUAAAGAUUUAUUUUUGGAAUGUUUAAAGAUUUUACUUGAAAACAAAUAAAAUAAUAAACAAGAAUAGAAAAAUAGAAAAUGA